GUAUGAAAGGUUCCUCCUGAACCGAAGGAGCAACUGCUCUGUUUUUAUUUGUUUCUGUCUAAAUGAAGUGACAAUUGGAUCCGUCUGAGAGCAACGAAACCGCAUUUCCAGCUGUACUUGUGUGCAGGUCGGGCUGUCAGAGGAAUCACUAAACUCAGAUGGGUCAAGCACUGUGGAGGCUGCCUCCCAGACAACAGCAGCAGCUUCAGGAAGAGCUCGCAGACCGACUGGCUGACCAGGGAGGAGGAGGAAGACGGGAGCAAGGGAAAGAUGGUGGUCCCCAGAAAAGAGCUCCUCAGCAGUGUUACGGCCCCGACAUCUACCAUCUGUUGAGAACACGCAUCGGUGGAAAAGAACAGCAUGGAUUUAUAGAUUUGGAGAUGCUGCCGCCUGAAUUAGGCAUCACCAUACUGUCGUACCUGAAUGCUACUGAUCUGUGCCUGGCUGGCUGUGUGUGGCAGGACCUAGGAAAUGACGAAUAUCUGUGGCAGGGGCUGUGUAAGUCCACAUGGGGACACUGCUCCAUCUACAACAAAGUACCUGCUGGUUUCUCAUAUAGAAGACUCUACCUGCAGCUAGAUGAAGGCAGCCUAACAUUUAACGCCAACCCACAGGAGGGUAUCAGUUACUUCAUGUCUAAAGGUAUACUAGUGGAUCAUCCGACAGAGCUUGCCAAGUUCAUCUUCUACACCAGACGGCUCAACUGGAAGAUGCUGAGGAUUUACCUGGACGAGAGGCGGGAUGUCCUGGACGAGCUGGUGACCCUCCAUAACUUCAGUAACCAGUUCCUCCCCAACGCUCUGCGGGAUUUCUUCAGACACAUACACGCUCCAGAGGAGAGAGGAGAGUACCUGGAAACCCUCAUCACCAAGUUCAGCCACAGGUUUUGUACCUGUAACCCAAGCCUUGUCCGGGAGCUGGGCCUCAGUCCUGAUGCUGUGUAUGUGCUGUGCUACAGUCUGAUCCUGCUGUCCAUCGACCUGACCAGCCCCCACGUCAAAAACAAAAUGUCCAAGAGGGAGUUUAUCAGGAAUACUCGCCGAGCAGCACAUAAUGUGUCGGAUGACUUUGUAGGCCACCUUUAUGACAACAUAUACCUGAUUGGCCACGUGGCUGCGUAGCUCCGCCUGCCAGCCGAAAUCCUCGUACUGCACUGAAGAAUGGGAAUUGGUGAUUGGGUUCCUCUACGUAUCUGGAAAGUAUGGGAAAUUGUGGAAAUGGAUUUUAAUGAUUUUCAUGACAACCUAUAAAUCUUAUUAGAAAGGUUAGAAAAAUAAAAUUCACCACUGCACUGUGAGAGAGACUGUGCUACCAAAUAUUAGUAAUUAUUUUAAUCAAAGGAGUGAAACAUGUUUAAAACCAAGUCACUGCAAAGAAGGAGGUUUUAAAGUGGAUCCAUGAAGAUGAGCUCUGAUAACUGCACUGACAAAUGGUGACUACUGAUUGGUGGAGGGAGGAGGCUGAGCACUGCCUUCAGCCCGUCACUGAUGCCGGGACAGUCCUGCUUAUUUGCUAUUGGACAGCUGCUUCACGAGUCGGACGUACACUGGCCCAUUCUUGUAGAAAGUGACACAGGGAUGUUGAUACAAGGCUGACACAAAACCACUCAUUAAUAUCACUCGUAGCAUUUACCAGUGUAACUAAUGACAAAGGUACAUUGGAGCAAUUCUGCAGAACAGUUGACCUUGAUACACUGUUCAGUGGUAACAACCUGAAUGUCCAAGAUCCAACUAGAUCUGUUUUUCUGUGGUUCAUGCUAGACUUUUUUUUUUUUCCAUUUUAGUAAAAUGAACAACACAUGGGGCCUCGUACAAAAACAUUAUUGUAUUCUGUUGUUAAUCUCUCUUGCUUUUUUUCCUUGAGGGUUGCUUGUAUUUGUUCCAAGUCACCAAACUGCACUAACUUGACCCAAGUUGAUCGUUUGUGUCUGAUGAAUGUCACCUGUUCAUGCAGAGGUGUGCACAUGUAAAAUUUGAAAAUUAGCAUAAUAAACCCCCCCAAAAAACGCCA